UUUGAAAUACAAAAUAUGAAUUUCUCGCGCAUUUUAUUCUAUGUGUUUGCAAUGGUAUUAACCAUUUCUUCAGUGACAGCUUUGCCUGACCCCAGAUGGAGGCCAUUCAAGAAAAUCGAAAAAGUCGGAAGGAACGUCCGUGAUGGUAUUAUCAAAGCGGGACCAGCGAUACAAGUGCUGGGACAGGCGAAAGCGAUUGGAAAAUGAAGCUGUAUUGCAGUGUUCUUAAAGUCUUUAUUACCUCAACAGAAUGCCAUAACUGUAUACUCUUAUAGAUAAGUGAAUCAGAAGAAUGAUCUGAUGUAGAGAUAAUUAAUCUGCCUGUAUUUCUUUGAAUUAAAUUAAUUGAAUGUAAAUAUUUAUUUAAAUAAAUAAUUUUUAUUAAUCUUAAA